CACCGGAUUCCAGCGUCUGUAGUCUCUCGUGUCUCCAGUUUGUAGGGGAAUCGGUUUCGGAGACUGUGGGAGCUUACUGUGCGAAAGUUGGGAGUCCAGCUGGACUCCAAGAUCGGGAAAUGGACCUCAGUAGCUCACGGAGCUUUGGAACGUGGUGAGGUGCCGAUGCCAGCUCGUCCCCGUGGACUGCAGAAACAUCCAAGUGUUCCUGAGAAGCCCGUGAGUCAGAUGGGUAACUCUGAGUGGCCGCUACCAGUCAGAAACACUGCGUGGAGCGCAGAACGACCUGUCAAAACCUCAGACUCAGGAAAAGGAUACAAGCCAGGACUUGACAUGUGCAUUUUAUAUUAUUUUUCUAGCCACGUGGGGAUUGUCAGAGCCGUUUCCUGGUUGCGCUCAACUACAUUGUGCAUGUGCCCCCCCCCCAGUCCCCUGCUAAACUCCUCGUAUAAAUAGUGAAGCCGAAGAUCUACUCCAGCGCCAGUCAGUCAGUCCGUGUUGAGGAGAGGGCCGCGGUUAUUAGUUGAAGAGUCCGCCGACUGACUGAAGUAUAACCAUGCCCAGUUUGCCUCCCUGGCUCUCUGUUACUCAACAGUCAGAGCAGAUUGCCGGUGUCCGUUCAGUGAAGACGCUGCUGAUUCAGGCGACUCGCGGGUAAAACUUCUGGCUCUCCGGAGAGUGGCCCCUCAAGGACACCAGGCUCGGUGCGAUUUGUACAACAAGCACCGGGAACGCCACUGUGACUUUUCAGCACUGUCGGGCACCUCCAGACACCCCGGUCCUCCCUUUCACGUUGAACCGCAAAGAGCAGAGGGGAAGAAAGAUCGAGGAUUAAAAUUAUUAUUGCACCGGUCGCCAGGCGGCUUCCUGCUGCAUCCCAGGACAAAAAUGCUUAUUCUGGAGAUCUCUCUCUUUCUAAUUUACAUUGCCUUCUUGCAAAGGGACUCCGCAUAUGAAUCCAGCCAAGACUAUUACGAUGAUUAUCAGGACCCGGUGGACGCGAAGGGUCAUAUGAGCAGUGAGCUGGAGCAGCAGUUACGGUCCGUAUCCAGUGUGGAUGAACUCAUGACGAUAUUUUACCCUGAGCACUGGAAAAUGCUGAAAUGCCAGUCAAUGAAAGGGUGGCCACAAUACAGGGAGUCUGGUCUCGGCACAGUAGCAGAGGAGCCUGUGUCAUUUGCAGCAACUUUUUACAACCCUGAGAUUCUAAGAAGUAUUGAUUUUGAGUGGAAAAAGACUCAGUGCAUGCCCAGGGAGGUGUCCUUGGACGUGGGGAAAGAAUUUGGGUCAGCAACAAACACCAUCUUUAAACCGUCCUGCGUGUCUGUCUACAGAUGUGGUGGCUGCUGCAAUAGCGAGGGAAUAACAUGUAUGAACACCAGCACUUCGUAUGUCAGCAAGACUCUUUUCGAGAUCACUGUACCAAUAUCCCAGGUACCAAAACCCAUAACAAUCAGCGUCGCAAAUCACACGGCUUGCCGAUGUAUGUCAAAGUUGGAUUUCUUCAGGCAGGUCCACUCCAUUAUCAGACGCUCCAUAUCUACUUCCCAGUCAGAUUGUUUGAUGCCAAACAAAACUUGUCCCAAGAACCACAUCUGGAAUAGUUUUUUAUGCAGAUGUGUGAUGCAGUACGAUCUCAGCAGGUUACUGCCUUCAAAAGGUGAAUCAGAAGAUGACCUUGGCUUCCAUAGUGUCUGUGGGCCCAACAAAGAGUUGGAUGAGGAUACUUGUCAAUGUGUGUGCAAAGGAGGCCUGCGACACACCAGCUGUGGACAGCACCGGGAGCUGGAUAAAGACACCUGUCAGUGCGUGUGCAGAAACGGACUCUAUCCUGCUAUAUGUGGUCCCCACAGGCAGUUUGAUGCUGAUUCCUGCGAGUGCGUCUGUAAGAAAACCUGCCCGAGGCAUCAGCCCUUAAACCCAGUGAAGUGUGUGUGCGAGUGUACAGAGUCUCCAAACAAGUGCUUUUUGAAAGGAAAGAGGUUUCAUCGUAACACCUGCAGUUGCUACAGGCCGCCGUGCCGGGUCCGAAGGAGGGGCUGUAAACAGGGACUUUACUUCAGCGAGGAGAUUUGUAACUGUGUCCCCACAUACUGGAGAAGGCCGUACAGUGACCAUUAUUGACGGCCAUGGUCACUUGGCGACCAAGGAGACACUUGUUAAGACUUUCACGUGGAUGCUACUACCGAAAGGAAGAACACUGUAUAAAAGAAACACUUAGUAUUUGCAUCUCUGACUCAGCAGUGCACCAGAGUCACAGGAGGGCCCAACGCUACCCCGACGCCGCAUGUUCUGGCAGAAGCGCAAACAUAAAAUGUAGAAACUCUGCUGGAGUCUAUGAAAAGAACUCAACCAGGCUUCGUAUGACAUGUUGAUGGCCAAAAGGUCUAGAUCUUUCCAAGCUAAUUUUUUUUAAAGAUAAUGAAUCUAUAUCUAAUUUAUUGCCACAAAAAUAUUGUGCAACAUUCCUGUUCGUAGCAGUUAACAACUGUAAGAGCUCACUGUGAUCUGUAUUUUUAUAUCAUGUAAAAUAUCUUUAAAAUAAAAGGCAAAAGUGUA